UAGAAACCCUUAUCAUUUUUUUUUCAGAAACGAACUUCUAAUGAGCCGGUGACAUUCCUCCAUCGGUAAAUCACAAUUCACAAUUUUGUUGUUCUUGCGAGAAUCAAGGCAGUGAGUAGCUGCACUGAACUGAAGGAAUGGUAUUACCGUUAUUUAAGCUUGGCACACUUGCGCUGAAAACAUUUGCCAAGCCGAUCGGGAAUCGUAUAAAGAAAGAGGCUGGCUUCCACCCCAGGUUCAGACAAUCAAUCAUAAACAUCGCGCAGGCAAAUCAUAGGUUCACCACAACUUUGCAAAGACGUAUAUAUGGUCGGGCAACUGAUGUUGCAAUUCGUCCUCUAAAUGAAGAAAAGGCUGUUCAAGCUGCUGCAGACCUUCUAGGAGAACUCUUUGUUUUCUCGGUUGCUGGUGGUGCUGUGAUCUUUGAGGUCCAAAGAAGCGCCAGAUCAGAAGCCCGGAAAGAGGAGCUCCGCAAACAGGAAUUAGAGGCAAUGAAGCAAAGAGAUGACGAAUUAGCCCAGGAAGUCUUGCAGCUCAAACUCAGACAGGCAGAGUUAGAGCAGCUUAUCAUAGGACAACGGGCCCUAACAGGUAUUUUUAACUCGAAAGGAUCUGACCACAAAGAGGACUGAGUCAUCCCUGCAUAACAUCAAAUUUAGGACAAUGUACAAUCCAUCUGAACAAUUCUUUGAUUUCUUGGUUAAAUAGUUUGGUAGUGCCUCUCAGCAGCUGUCCAUAUAACCAAUCGAUCUACACAUCGACGAAAAUUGAUCCAACGGACAUCAAAAUUACACA